AUGCUUCUCUUCAAUGUGAUCUUCGCCGUUGUCGGCUUCCUCACUGUGUGUGGCGCCAUGCCAACAAUUGGCUACGAGGAUCAAGAUUUACCGUAUCCGCUUGUUGAAGAUGAAUCCUCAGACGGUCUCUCUCCUGACAUCGAAGCUGCUCCUUUCGAGACUGAUAGUGAGUCUAAAGGCGCAGAAAAGGCUGAAAGAGAUUUUACUCGACGUAAUAAAGUAAAACCACCUCUGUGCCUGAAGGACAUUGAUAAUCCUGACUGGCAAGACACUAUGAGGGUUUGCGCAGAGAAAGCAGCCUACGAGUUAUCACAAAACAAGACUAUUAAAGUCCCGGCAAGAAAGUGUGUUCAAGGGGCAUGCUUUGACGAGGCAAGAAUCUACAUUUGUAACGACAAUGAAUACGAUAUUGAACCAGCUGGAGAAUAUUUGGCGACUUAUGCCAAUGACAUGGUCGACGAAUGCACGCAUAAAAAGUUUCCGCUUUGGUUCCCCUCCAUAACCGCCGGUCAAGCAUUCGAUACUGACAAUUACAAUGUCGUUGUACGAAAGGCUGAUCCACUCGAAUGUCCUCGGCCUGGUAAUACCUGCAAACAAGAUUCUUAUCCCGGACAUCCUAAAACUUAA